CCGCCAUUUUGUGUUAGGCCCUCUCUCUUCAAAAGCGGGAGAAAAUUAUUAGUCCGGCGCUCAGUACGUACGGACGGUCACAGCGGGAUUGAAGGGAGCGACCGCAGACGCUGAGCUUCCAAGUGAAUAUAACGGGGAGAAGAAGCAGCCGGGAGGUGUUAGUUGGCCUGUCGCCAUGGAGGGCGAGGUUGUUCCCAUGGAGACUGCUCAGGCUGAUGGAAAGGUACUGCCAGAAGGUGGAGGGGCCUUGAUACAAGGAGCAGCCAUAGCUCCACAGGGGGAGGUGGCUGGUAACAUGGAGAUGAUGGUGAUGGAUGCUCUCGACCCAACUCUGCUGCAAAUGAAGUCUGAGGUGUUGGAGGGCGGCGGCACAGUCACUGUUACUGGUGGAGAUGAGGGCCAGAUCAUCACGCUCCAGGUGGUGAAUAUGGAGGAACAGGCAGGAGCUGCACUGGGUCUUGGUCAGCUUCAGCUGGUUCAGGUACCUGUCACAACAGCAACUGUCGAGGGGCUCCAGGGCACCUAUGUUGAUGCAGCAACAGUUAACAAGGACACAGAGCCGGUUAUCUGUCACACUCUUCCCUUGCCAGAGGGCUUCCAGGUGGUAAAAGUAGGUGCCAAUGGUGAAGUAGAGACUGUAGAGCAGGAGGAACUCGAGGCAGCCCAUGAGGAGCUUCAAGUGACUAGGGGUGAGGAUGAUGAAGGGGAAGAAGAGGCAGCAGAAGUAGAACCCCCUGCGCCUCAACAAGAAGACCCAGAAUGGUCCAAGGACCCAGACUACCAGCCCAUCACCACUGUCCGUAAAGGAAAGAAGGGAAAAAAGAGCCGCCUGCGAUAUGGCGAGGGUGAUCGUGACAUGGAUGUUUCUGUGUACGACUUUGAAGAAGAGCAGCAAGAGGGGCUGCUGUCGGAGGUGAAUGCUGAGAAGGUUGUGGGCAACAUGAAGCCACCGAAGCCCACCAAGAUCAAGAAAAAAGGUGUAAAGAAGACUUUCCAGUGUGAGCUGUGUAGCUACACCUGUCCAAGGCGCUCCAACCUGGACAGACACAUGAAGAGCCAUACAGACGAGAGACCUCAUAAAUGUCACUUGUGUGGACGGGCAUUCCGAACAGUCACACUGCUGAGAAACCACCUCAAUACACACACAGGCACACGACCACAUAAAUGCACAGAUUGUGACAUGGCAUUUGUGACCAGUGGUGAGUUGGUGCGUCAUCGUCGCUACAAACACACACAUGAAAAGCCCUUCAAGUGCUCCAUGUGUGACUAUUGCAGUGUGGAGGUAAGUAAGCUGAAAAGGCACAUUCGCUCUCAUACCGGGGAACGACCCUUCCAGUGCAGUCUGUGCAGCUAUGCCAGCAGAGACACUUACAAGCUGAAGAGGCACAUGAGGACACAUUCAGGUGAGAAGCCGUACGAGUGCUAUAUCUGCCAUGCCCGUUUCACACAGAGCGGCACCAUGAAGAUGCAUAUUCUGCAGAAACACACAGAGAAUGUGGCCAAGUUCCACUGCCCACACUGUGAUACUGUCAUCGCACGCAAGAGUGAUCUUGGUGUUCAUUUGCGGAAGCAGCACUCAUUUAUCGAGACGGGAAAGAAAUGUCGUUACUGUGAUGCUGUGUUUCAUGAGCGAUACGCCCUCAUCCAACACCAGAAGACUCACAAGAAUGAGAAACGUUUCAAAUGUGAUCAGUGUGACUACUGCUGCAGACAGGAACGUCACAUGAUAAUGCACAAGCGCACACACACUGGGGAGAAGCCGUUUGCCUGCAGCCUGUGUGAGAAAACAUUCCGGCAGAAGCAGCUUCUGGACAUGCACUUCAAGCGCUACCAUGAUCCCAACUUUGUCCCCACUGCUUUCGUCUGCAGCAAGUGUAGCAAGACCUUCACCCGCAGGAACACCAUGCUGCGUCAUACUGACAACUGCACGGGCGAACUUAUUCAAGAAGAAAAUGGAACUCCAACACCCAAAAAGGGUCGCCGGGGCAGGAAGAGGAAGAUGCAGACCAGGAGGGAUGACGACGAUGAUGACACAGAGGCUGAAAUGGAAGAGGCAGAGGAGGAAGAGGAGCUGUUAAGUGAGAUUGAGGUGGAACAGGCCCCACCUGUUGUCCCUAUCCCAGCCCCUGUGGAGCCACCAGUCAAGAGGAAACGUGGACGGCCCCCAAAGAACAAACCCGACACGGCUGCUAUCAUUCGUGUGGAGGACGAGGCCACUGGAGAGGUGGAUGACAUAAUUGUGAAGAAGGAGGUUGGGGCCGAACAAGAUGACCAGGAGGACAGGAAUGAGGAGGCCAUAGAGGAGGUGGUGGUUGGCGGAGGGAAGUCGACCAUUCAGAUGGAGGAGUUAUCCCAGGCAGAGGGGGCAGCACAGGAGGUGCAGCUGUCUGAUGCCCCACCUAAUGGAGACCUGACCCCUGAGAUGAUCCUUAGCAUGAUGGACCGGUGAUGAAUUUGAGGGUCGAACCUGUAACAAACACAUCACAUUUCAUUUUAAUUCUUGAAAUUUAGGAUUACAAACACUUGCAUCCUAAACAGAAACAAUCAUCACUGUUGUAAUUUAAGAUUUGCUUUUUAAUCAUAUAUUGACAAAGACUUGGAUGAGUGAAAAGGAUUUGUAACCAGGAUUUGCCUACCAAAAAAAGCUUAUUUCAGUACAUUGGGUUUUGGGGUGGCUCUAAUUGACAGCAGUAUCUUUAGCCUUCUUGUUUUUGCCUUUGGUGUUCAGCAGCUCUGUUAUGUGGUAGAAAACGGCUAUGAUUAUGUAUAUGACAAAAGCUCUUCUGGUUACAUUUUUGCAAAAUGAUACUUACAGUAUGUUUGACCAUGAUAGAAUGACUCUUCCCUAAAUCAAGACUGUAUAUAUAAUUUUACAAAAGACCUGGGUUACCUUUUCACCUCUCUCCUUUUAAGGUCUUUGUUUCUGGGUUUUUUUUUUUCUUCCUCUAUGCCUGUGUGUCACUGAGUUAAGUUGUAAGUAGAUCGUGGACCUUGCGUUUUCUCUCCCCAUAAUUCCAAUCAAUGUUCAAUAUCCUCACUGAAGAGCUCCAUGUACCUCUCAGUUUGGACAGAAUAGAAAUGUCAUAAAAUUGCAGAAAGAAAAGGGCAACUAUCAGGGAUAUGAUACUGCAUUAAUCACAGCCACUUCAAAAUAAGAAAUAUUUUGAAUAUUUUUAGGUUUCUUUUUCUGUGGUUAGUACGUCCCUUUUAAGCCUAUCUAGUUUUUAAAAGCUUAAUAGACUGCUUGUCUUUAUGCUACUUUUUUGCUACUGUAACAACCAUAGAUGAUGUAUAUGUACUAAACAUUGUCACUGCUAAGUUCAAGGAAAGAACGUUGUUUUGCUUCCUUGUGUAGCCAUUCCACUUUGGGUUAAUGUUUUCCUUUUGUACCUUUGGCAAUGUAAUGCUACGUAGCAGCUUGAAUGAUAUUUUAAUAACUGUGGCAGAUGAGGCCGGAUGUAUGACUGUACAACCAAUAAAAGUAGACCGUGAGACUGAAGUUUUAGGUUUCUACAGGUGUAAUCUCAAUUAUUUAAAAUGUUAAUGGUACAGUUAAAGCAAAAAAAAAAAAAAAUUAAAGGCUUGAAUUAGUUAUCAGAAUUAGCUGAGAAACACCUGAAUGCUAACAGAAAUGUCUGUGUAUUUUGCUUGCAAAUAUAUUUUAUUAAAUGGACAACUUGAUAUUAAGAGCUUCACUUAUUUGAAUGUCUAAAGAACAUAUGAACUGACAUAUCUGGAUUAUACACCAUUGUACUAGCUGUCUCGACCACUCUUUCACACUGGUAUUCUGUUCUAUUAUGAGGACAUUAUCAUUUUUAGUCAUUUAUACUCAUUGAGUUUCGAUGGGGAUUUGCCUAAAUCCCCAAACUAAACUUUUCACCUGAGGCUCAUGAGUCAGGGUGCAUCUUUAUCAGACACAUACGCAAAAGGUUGUAUUAACUUGGUUUUGAUAAAUGUUACACACCA